AUGCUUUUACUGACAGCUACAAUCGUAUGUCUUGUUGGCGUUGUCAACUCGGAAUCACAAGGUAUUACAGCAUCUGGAGGGUUGACGUGCAAUGGAGAACCAUUGACUGGCGCUAAUGUCAAGUUCAUCGAAAGGGAUAGGUUUGUAUGUAAGUUUGGUGGCAUAAAAUAAGCUUAAAAUGUCAAACACAUGAUGUUGAAAUGACAUUUAUGAUUACAUGAGUUUGUGUUUUGUGACAAAAAUGAUGUUAAAAUGACUUGGCUGGUUACAUAAAUUUAAUUUUUUUUGGUUUUUAGUCGACCCAGAUGAUUUGGUGGCUAAUGUAAAAACUGACAGUGAAGGCAUGUUUCAUAUAACUGGCAGAACUGAAGAGAUUACAUCAAUUGAACCAUACCUACAUUUUUACUAUCGUUGUGGAUCUACUGUAAGUGAAAAAUAGACAAAAAAUGUUUUUGAAAAGAUAAAAAAAGUUUGAAAUUGAGAAAUUAUAUUUUUGAUUAUUUACAGUAGCCUUGCAUCUACACAUUGUCACAAGGUAACUAAUGUAAAUUUUAGGACUGUCAACACUUUUCCAUUCGGAUAGAUGACAAAUUUAUUGAAACGGGAGACGACCAGCGGCCGUAUGAUUUUGGAAUUAGAGAAGUAUCCAACAUCACCGGAGUAUACAUGCAUGAAAACUGUUAG